AUGAAGGAUAAAGAUAAAGACAGAGACAAGGAAAAGGAAACCGAGAAGAAAAAGUAUCCUAUUGGCGCCGAACAUUACCUUCUCCACGAAGAGAUUGGACAAGGCGUUAGUGCUUCCGUUCAUCGUGCUAUUUGUGUUCCUUUCAGCGAGAUCGUCGCCAUCAAAAUUCUUGACUUCGAACGUGACAACUGCGAUCUGAAUAAUAUAUCUCGUGAAGCGCAAACAAUGGUGUUAGUGGACCAUCCUAACGUAUUGAAAUCACACUGUUCAUUCGUGAGCGAUCACAAUCUAUGGGUUGUGAUGCCGUUUAUGGCGGGUGGUUCGUGUCUUCAUAUAUUGAAAGCUGCACAUCCGGAGGGAUUUGAAGAGGUUGUUAUUGCAACUGUGCUCAGAGAGGUCUUGAAGGGUUUAGAGUAUCUUCAUCAUCAUGGUCAUAUUCAUCGUGAUGUUAAGGCUGGUAAUGUUUUGAUUGAUUCUCGUGGUGCCAUUAAGCUCGGCGAUUUCGGUGUUUCGGCUUGUCUUUUUGAUUCCGGUGAUCGACAACGGUCGAGAAAUACUUUUGUUGGAACUCCUUGUUGGAUGGCACCUGAGGUUAUGGAACAAUUGCAUGGUUAUAACUUCAAAGCUGACAUUUGGUCAUUUGGCAUAACUGCAUUGGAGCUUGCCCACGGCCAUGCUCCUUUUUCAAAAUAUCCACCUUUGAAGGUAUUGCUUAUGACUUUGCAAAAUGCACCCCCUGGCCUUGACUACGAAAGUGAUAGGAAAUUCUCUAAGUCGUUUAAGCAGAUGAUUGCUUGUUGUUUGGUUAAGGAUCCUUCAAAACGACCAUCUGCUAACAGGUUGUUAAAGCAUUCAUUCUUUAAGCAAGCACGCUCAAAUGAUUAUAUUUCACGCACACUUUUGGAGGGGUUGCCUGCUUUGGGUGCUCGCAUGGAAAUCCUAAAGAGAAAAGAAGAAGACAUGCUUGCACAAAAGAAAAUGCCAGAUGGACAGAUGGAGGAAUUAUCACAGAGUGAAUACAAACGAGGCAUUAGCGGUUGGAACUUUAAUCUUGAAGAUAUGAAGACCCAGGCUUCCUUGAUCAACGAUUUUGAUGAUGCUAUAUCAGAUAUCAAUCACGUGGCAAGUUCAUCUUCAUUAUCAACUCUUGAUGGACAAGAUAAGCAACAGCAAACUCGUCAAACUGCUGACUUGGAGGAAAUUGAUGGAAUGCAUAAUCAAUCAGCUUCUGUUCCUGUAGUUGAUUCCACAGUAAAUGAUGACAAGACUAAGAUUGAAAAAUGUGAUGAUGACUCCAGUAUCACCAGUUCAAGCCACGAACCACAAACUUCUUCCGGGCGAGAUGAUCAUGUGGACCAUAGUUUAGGUGAAAAAUGUGAUGCAGAAAAUGGUGGAAGCAUGGCUGUCCAUUCUCAUCAUAGAAGAGCUUCAUCAAGCAUAUUACCGGAAGUUACGAUUCCACCUAUUCGAGCAGAAUGUGAGAAGCUACCAACUCUGCCUGUCUCAAAUGCCAAUUCAAAUUCAGUGCACCAGAACGGAGAAGAUGUGCUGACUGAACUUCCUUCUAAAGCCUCAAAAUCAUCAGUUAAUUCUGAUGAAACUGAUGAUAAAGCAAAGGUACCGGUUGUUCAACAAAGAGGACGUUUUAAAGUUACAUCUGAGAACGUUGACCCAGAAAAGGUGACCCCUUCUCCUGUACUGCAAAAAAGUCACAGCAUGCAGGUUGGUUGUUUAGAGUUCAUAGGCCAGCAUAAUGCUGCUCCUCUACAUUCACCUUUACCGUUAUUAUCAACAGUAUCAGAUGCUACUUCAUCAAAUAUUUCUGUCUGCUCUCUGUUCCCAGUGUUGCACUCUGUGCUGCAGACAAAUAUUUUUCAGAGGGAAACCAUUCUAACUUUAAUGAGGCAAAUUACCGCUGGUGAAUCUGCUGCUGAUAGCACAACUACCCCUGCACAAAUAGCAACAAUGGAGAAAUCCUUGCUUGAAUCAGCUCACGAGAGGGAAAAGGAACUACUUCAUGAGAUAACUGACUUGCAGUGGAGGCUCAUAUGCACCCAGGAAGAGCUUCAAAAAUUGAAAACAGAUAAUGCUCAGGUGUGA